AUGCCCGGGAGUAUCACGACCGCCCCCUCCGUUGUCGACGCCGUACGACCGCGUCUCCGCCGCGCACGCCGCGCCGCGCCCCGCACGAGCACGCCGACGUUGCACCCCGGCGACGCGUCUCAGGCCUCCGCGGACACGAUGACCAGCUCCCGUGGACCAGGGCGCGUAUUGCCUGCGCGUCGCGGCGCGAUCGAGGGAGAUCGAUAUCGGCUCGUCGCCGAUGAUUUUCGUGUGCAGCGCCCGUACAUUGCGCAUCCCAUCGCCGUCCCGCCCCGUGUUGCCGCGCCACUGGGCCAGAUCACCACUGGGGACGCUGGUAGCGGUCUGUGCUGCGUAGACGCGCUCGCGGAGGCCUUAUCCAUGGGGACGAUCAUGCGCACUCCCCCGAGCCCGCCGUGGCGUGUACGUCGACUUUGGACCUCCGUCCACGGCUGCGUCGCAGUGGGCACGUCCUAG